AGCGUAAAACUAAUACCGAACGUAACGUCAGAGCAGCUUCGUUGCAGCUCUAACGGCAACUAGAAAAAUCCAGAAUUUCGAACCCUGAAAACUUUUCAACAUCCAAAUCUGUACACAUUGACUGUUGUAUGAUUUUCACGUAGUACAUUCUCGUUUUUACACACGACCCGUGUAAAUUUCUACUAGCUAGACUUGAUUUAUUUACUUUCGCUUUCUUCCGAACCUCGACAACAGAAAACCGAGAUCAAAAGAUGGUGCGCGCAUCACGGGUAUUGCUGUUGGCGCUUGGCGUCAGCAGCGCAGUAGCAGUCAAAAUGGAUUUUGGCAAGUUCCUCCAAAAUUGUGGGAAUGCGGGCUGCCGGGCCAUCGAGGAAAUCCGCAACGUUCCCAAUGUUGGAGAUGCUGAGCACUGGGGACAAGCGUUUCAGCGAAUCGCGGAGUCUCAGGAGGCCCAGGAUGUUCGCGAGGAGGCCGAGCGUGUUCGCCAGGCCUGGGAAGAACAGCAGCGCCAGGCAAAGGAGACCGCGGAGCGUUUGUCUACGGAGGCCGCCGCUGUCUGGAACACUUGUGAAAACGACGCGAAGAUGUUACUGGGCAAUUUCCAGCAGGUUUUAUCCGAUGCUCAUCAGUCCCCCGCGGUACAGAAAGUAGUUCUCGACCUGAAAGACCUGGCGCAGGAAGCGGAACUACUCAUUGAGCGAAAAGGCAAUGACAUUGCGGAACGGGUGCGCGAGGUGGCGCAGCAUGCUGGGGAGACAGAGGCGGGACGAAAAGUGCGGGAAGCCGCCAAGCACAUCUCGGAACAUGCUACAAAGGCUGCGCGUGAGCUGGAAAAGCAGAUGCACCGCGCCGGCGAGCAAGCGCGUCGGCUGUCGGAGUCCUUGGCGAAGGAGGCAGACCGGCUGAAGCGGGACAUCGAGGCCAAGGCAGCGGAAGCAGUACGCCACGCGGGCGCUGUUGCCGAACGGAUCAAGGAGGAAGCGCCGGAGGUUGCGCGCGACCUGAAGGAGCAAGCCGAGAGCCAGGCUCGACAGAUGGAAGGGGAGUUACGCAACAUGCGGAAGGCGUUGGAGCAUUUGGAGCACCAACUUCGGGAUCGGCGAGCGGCGGAAAAGCUGCUUGAGUCGGCGAAGAAAACUGUCAAAGAAGCCCGGGAGAAGGCCAGUGCAGCGACAGAGAAGGAGCUGCAGAAACUGCUGACGGAAAUCCACCGCAUCACUACGGAAAGCGAUUUGAUUGACCAAAUCAAGGCGAUAUUGCCGAACUCGAACCACCCGUAAGAUAUGUGAGGAGGAAAGGCUCGUCGUCGUGCGGCGGACUCAUUGACGACUUGGUCGCAAUAAGCAAUGUACGAGGGCGAGACUAAGUCUAAGUAUAAGAGCAGUCCUCCUAUCCUCGUCGGAAGGUGGAACAACAAACAAAGGUCACACCUGAUUGAAGGUUUUGUGGUCCUUCUAUGAAUAAGCAUUCGAGUGAAGCAAAAAUUUGCCCCCUUAUUGACAUCAUAGAUGAUGUUGUUGCCCGCUAAGCAACAGUUUUGAUUCCUCAGGGGACCGCCGCCCACAAGAAAAUCGUCUUCGCGGGGUACUUCAAUAAAAAGAAGUAAAGGUUUUUUUACAACAGCCACGAAUUUGGUGUGCUACUUUGAUGGAACAAUUCUCACACCGUGGAUGAUUUUUGAGAUGGCGUACAGAAGCAGUAGGUGUGGCUCCGUCGCAGGGGCAUGUAUACCAACAAAAACUAAAUAAACCAAAUGGGAACUUGUAGCCGCAUGCGCACUAGCGCUGAGGAAUAUUCCGAAAAACAAAGCUCGGCUCCGUGCGAGCAGAAUUAUUUCCCUCACAACCUUUGACUCAUCUCCUAAAAACCAUAAAAAAUUGUUUUCGUGUCACAACGUCAUCGUCCCACUUCUCUCGGAAGCUGCACCGUUCAGGGUAGCGGUUGCACGAAUCUAUCAUGCGCCUCUACUCAUCUACCGUUUCUCUCCAUCUUCGCCUACGCUCUGGAAUAAACUGCAUUUACGCAAUGUCACCGCUCGGGAUGUUAAGAAGUGCGGUUCCUG